CUUUGCGCUAAACUUCACUUGGGUGUAUGAACGACUCGUCAUUUUUCUAGUACAUACAUAGAAUAAACUAACAUUUACAAAAAAAAUUCAAUACAACCAUAAAAUGGACGAUACUGAGGACUAUUGUGCAAUUUGUCUGUGCCGCAAACAUCGCAUUGUAAGCACCCCAUGCAAGCACACAUUUUGUAAGCGCUGUCUCAAGAAGGUCUACGAUGUCUGCCCCACCAAGGUCUGUCCGCUGUGUCGAGCUCCUUUCGAGUAUUAUAUUCGUGAACGUGGCUCUGGCAUAAAGAUCGUAUUUUUGACAUAGUGGCCUGUGCCAAUAGUCGAAGUUGACAAUAACUGUCUAACCAUAAUGUUUAGUUAAUUAAAUUUAGCGGUUUUUAUAUUUAAA